AUGCCCGCAUCGAGGCUACUCUCGUCCGCCACCCCGGCGCGCGACGCGCUCGCGGGAACCGUUCCCCUCCACCGCGCAUGCGUCCUCCUCCACACCCACACCCCGCCCUCAACGUACCCCGCGCGCUCCAAGUCGCCGCUCUGGCGCGAAUUAACGCUCAAGGGUCGUGCAAUCGGCGCAGUCCCGAACUUCGCCUGGGCGCCGCAGCAGGAAGUGCACCCUGGGUACGCGGGGCUCGGGGAAACGGGCGAGGAGGGCGAGGAAGCGUACGUUGCGAGCGUGUUUCUCCAAGGGCGGCCGGUGCCGCUCCGGGUGCCCGAGGUGACCCUCGCGAACACCGACGCGGUCCUCGCGCGCAUAGGCGCGCAGCUGGAAUCUAACCACGAUGGGCGGAACGGAGGCAUGGAAGAGAGCGAUAGGAAGAAGGCGAUGCCCAACCUCCACCUCUACGUCUGUACCCACGGCUCGCGCGACUGCCGGUGCGGGGACCAAGGGAGCGCCGUCGCGCGCGCGCUGCGGAACGAGGUCGCGCGGCGUGGGCUCGGGGGUGACGUCUUUGUGGGCGACGUUGCGCACGUCGGGGGACACAAGUACGCCGCGAACGUCCUCGUCUUCCCGACUGGCGACUGGCUGGGCACGGUCCAAGACUUUGACGCGCCGCACAUUCUGGACGAGAUCCUCGCCCGGCACUCCGGCAGCGGCGUGCUCGCGCACACGAGCGCACCGCCGCUGUGCCCGCCCUUCUGGCGCGGGCGGAUGGGGCUCGACAAGGACGAGCAGCUCGCGCUCAUGGCUGCGGCGUCGUGA